GUCAUGUGGCAGACCAUUCCUAUUUGCUGUGCCCUGUUUGCACUGUAUGCUGCGGCACCACCCGCACACAUCAACCGCCUGGCGUUGUUCCCUGACAAGAGUGCCUGGUGCGAGGCCAAGAACAUCACGCAGAUAGUCGGGCACACUGGAUGUCAGCCUCGAUCUAUUCAAAACAGAGCUUGUCUGGGCCAGUGUUUCAGCUACAGCGUCCCCAACACGUUUCCACAGUCAACGGAGUCACUGGUUCACUGUGACUCCUGCAUGCCAGCCCAGACUCAGUGGGAAGUGGUUACUCUGGAGUGCCCAGGGAAUGAAGAGACUCCUCAUGUGGACAAGCUAGUGGAGAGGAUCUUCCAAUGCAGCUGCCAGUCCUGCGGCAAGGAAGGCACCCAGGAGGGUGCAAUGAUGCAACUGUAUCCAACUGACAACCACCUGGACCCCCAAUCUUUACCUGACACCCAAAGCAAGACUCAUCCACCCACACACUCUAAGCAUGGCCACACACACGCAGGGCAUCACGCUCUUCCACACACGUCAGACGGCGGAUAG